AUUAACCAUCCUGGUUAAUUUUAUUAACUCCACCCUGGCCGUGGAGCAAAGAGCUGGGACUGCAAGGGGCAGUGGAGCAGAAGGGAACGGGCUUUGUCCCCCGCCCAACCCAGGGGCGGUGCGGCUGGGGCUCCCGGCACAGCCCUUGCUUCUUGCCCAGCGAUUGCCGUCCUGCAGGGCUGGCGGGGUCUGGCAGCAUGCACGGGCUGCUGCUCUGCGGGGGCUGGCUGCUGGCCACCGGCUACCUGGCGGGUGCCGCGGGCGGGUGCUGGCAGCGGUGCUGCCCGGGCAGGAACAACGCCUGCUGGGCCCUGGGCACCCACCGGGCUCGCUGCUACUGCGACUCGUACUGCCAGAGGACAGGUGACUGCUGCGAGGACUACCGUGCUGCGUGCCGCCGUGCCGCGGUGGGCUGCGUGGUGGGGCCCUGGGGGCCGUGGAGUGGGUGCAGCUCCCCGUGCGGGGUGGGCAGCAGGGCCCGCAGCCGCCAGGUCACCGUCCCGCCGCGGCACGGAGGGGAGCCCUGUCCUGACCUCAAGCAGCGCCGAGGCUGCCUGGGGGAGCACCUGACUUGCGGGACGGCCAGAGAAGUGGCCAAGAUAUUACCUGACUUCUUCAGCCGGGACCUCAGAGAUCCCUGGCGGAGAACCGAGCUGCUGCUGCGCGAGGAGCCAUCCGGCUCCCCCUUCCCCAGGUACUGCGGCUAUUUCCACCUGACGCAGGUGGGGCCCCCCUGCCGCGGGCAGGCCUGGACCCGCCGCCUGCACCGGGACAAGCGGGUGUGCGUCGAGUGCCGGGGGGACACAUCCCACCGCCGUCCCCAUUGCACCGGGCACGGGCUGCAAGGAGCCAGGACAUUCUGGGUGGCCGCCUCCGUGGCGGGGUGUCAGGGCUCGUGGGUGCAGGAGGGGCUGCAGGAGGGCUGUGUCUGCUCCCCGCCAGCCCUCAUCUUCGUGUAGCAUCCCCUGGGAAGGUGGGCUGAGUCCUCCGUGUCACUGCUCCUUGCUGGGGAGGGGGUGAAUGCAAUAAAAACUUGGUGUCUUUUAUAAUUUCACCCUUCUGCAGGCUUGCUGCUCGCCCUUGGAGCUGACCCCCCGCGUUUUUCGUUAAGUAUUUUGUUGAAGAAUGGGAAGAAAACCCUGAUUAUAAAGACUAAAAAUAGGGGUAUUCCUAAAGUAUGGUGAUUCAUGGUGGAAGAACAUCAUGCUGAGGUUAAACCUGGAUGAGAAGAUGAUGCGGCAGUGACAUGGGAGGACAAUACGAUAAUGUCACACUCAGCCAUGACAUCAUGCCAUAGGAGGAGGGUGGAGAUGGCAUCCUCCCUCUGUGUGUUCAGGCCAGCCAGACUGCAGUGAGGCGUUGGGUGAGCCAUGAGCGGUGGCUGGGCUGUGUGCUGUGGUUUGCAGAGGGAAAUUAAACGUGGGCACUCAAAGUCUGCGCGUGGGCAAUGACACCAGUGGGUGAUGGCAGCAUGUUUUUGUACCAGCCGCUCUUGGGCAUCAAGAUGUCCUUGCAGAGGCUGAACUCCCCCAGGAGAGGAAUUUCUCCUCCUCAGAGAACCUGUGCUUUGCCUUUGCUGUGCCCAUGCUGCCCCUGCAGCGGGUGAGGAUGAGGAUGGAUCAGGGUGCUAUCACACUAAAAACUCUGCUGUCCCCACCAGACAAGCUGGGGCUGCAGCACUGCUUUGGGGUCAGCAAUACUGGGUGUCCCUGGGGUGCAGGGCAGGGUGUUUGUGGGGUUGUUUUUGCUUCAGGGUUUGAACCUCCCUGGCUGAGCGGGUGGCUGUUGCUCGUUUUCUGCCCCACUAUGUGUUUGGCCCCCAGUUGCCUCCCCCUGCCGCAGCCUCCCCCUCUCUCGCCGCCACUCCUGGGCAUGGAAAUUAAAAGGCUUCAAGACC